UGACCCGCCACAGCCCCGCCCCCCUGUGAGCAUGCAGGUGCUGCAGAUGGUCAAGGAGCUGGUGUCACCGUCCAGACGCAGGGCGGGUUCCAGGUUGGGAGCGUCUGAUAGCGAGCAGGAUGCUGCAGUCAAACUGGAUCAGGAGCGGGCGGACAUCGUGGCCAAAUAUGACAAGGGAAAAGAAGCCACCGUGGAACCUUGGGAGGACACCAACUUUCACCUGUACAAGGUGAUCGACCGCUUCGGCUUCCUGCAUGAGCAAGAGCUUCCAUCCUACGACUCGGCGGAGGAAAAGCACAAACACACGGAGUUGGAGAGGACCAACAAGUGGCUGAAGAUGUUGAAGAGUUGGGACAAGUACAAGAACAGUGAAAAGCUUGUCCGCAGGAUCUAUAAGGGAAUUCCACUGCAGCUCCGUGGGGAGGUGUGGUGCUUGCUGCUGGAUAUUCCCAAGAUGAAGGAGGAGAAGAAGGACUUCUAUGAGAAGCUAAAGGCCAGAGCGAAGGGGAUGUCUCCUGACAUCCGGCAGAUAGACCUGGACGUAAACCGCACCUACAGGGAUCACAUCAUGUUCCGGAACCGCUACGACUUCAAGCAGCAGGCGCUCUUCCACGUGCUGACGGCCUACUCCAUGUACAACAUGGAGGUGGGCUACUGCCAGGGCAUGAGUCAGAUCACAGCCCUGCUGCUCAUCUACAUGAACGAGGAGGACGCCUUCUGGGCUCUGGUCAAGCUGCUGUCGGGACACAAGCACGCCAUGCACGGAUUUUUUGUCCCCGGCUUCCCGAAGCUGAUGCGCUUCCAGGAGCACCACGAUCGCAUCAUGAAGAAGAUGAUGCCCAAACUGAAGCAUCACCUGGACAACCAGGAGGUGCUGACCAGCCUGUACACCAUGAAGUGGUUCUUCCAGUGCUUCCUGGACAGAACUCCAUUCACCCUCACUCUCAGGAUCUGGGACAUCUACAUCCUGGAAGGGGAAAGACUUCUGCCCGCUAUGUCCUACACGGUCCUCAGACUGCACAAGAAGAACCUGAUGAAGAUGUCCAUGGAGGAGCUGGUGGACUUCCUGCAGGUGUCUUUGUCCAAAAAUUUUCUUUUUGAGGAUGACUUUGUGAUCGAGCAGCUGCAGGCCUCCAUGGUGGAGCUCCGCAGGGUCAAGCUGGAGCUGCCGGCGCCAGGUAAAGACGAGGAGUUCCCCAAGAAGCCCUUAGGGCAGCUUCCCGAGCUGGCGCCAGCAGCCGUGAACCACGUCGGCAACGGUCAGAGCUACGCCGAGCCAGCCGAGCCUCCAAAGCAGCCCAGUCCGGUACCAGAGCGCCAGCAGGAUAGUCGUCCCCCCAGUCGGUUACGGCGGGACUCGCUGGAGAAGUCAAUACGCCACCGCAAGGUUGACAUGAGGGACGGUCGACUCAGGGGACUCGAAGUGGAGCCACCCUCGGCACCAACCCCAGUCCCGCACUUGACCGCCGUGGAGCGAGGGAAGACUCCGAGUCACGCCGUCGCCCACCACAACUCCAACGCAGUCUCCGGUUCUCACCGAGACAUCGCACCUCGCUGGUUCAAGCCCUCUGAGACUAAGCUAGAAGCCGCUAAAGCAAUGGCAGCCCGGCAGGUCCAGCUGAGCCGGGGCGAGUCUCCGGCGCCCUCCAGUCCCGACGACGGCCAACAGCCCAGCCGACGACCACACUCCAAGGACUUUGUUCCUGGCGCCAACCGCGGGUCCAACGCCUCGCAGUACGACAAUGUGCCAGGAUUGCCGGAGCAGGAGUUUCAAAUCCUGGAGCUGGAGAGACCUCCAUCCAGGAUGAGGACUCCUCGCAGCGAGACCCCCUACAGCGUACCGUCCUCUCAGCAGGGUGAUACACUUUAUGGAUCCAGUGUAGUAACAUCUCAGAUAACCUCCAACCCUGCUCACCAGCAUCCUGUAGGGGUCUACCCCGGAUUCCCUGGAAACCAGAGCCACUACCACUCCCCUCCAGUGCAGCACUUCCCUGGCAGGGCGACGACUGAGGUCCCCAUCUUUCAUCCAGGCUACAAACACUACGCUCCACCCUCCCGACUCAUUUCACCCCCCAACAUGAGGACGGGGGAUCAAAUGUACGCCACCACCAGGCGACCGCCCAGCAACCACUCUCCGGAGAGGGCUCUGGUGAACUCUUUUGCCACCUACCGCAGGCAUCCGCCACCCAACACCGCCCCUAACCCUCGGAGAGCACCCUUGCAGCUGGAGCCCCAAGGGAGCACCACCCCCAUCUACCUGCAAAAGCUCACCUCCACCGCACAGGUCCACGCCCCCCUGGACUACAGCUUCGAGGGGCAAACAGGAAGCCAGCCGAACUUCCAGUAUCAUCCUGAAGGCAAACCCCAAUGGGCCCCCGAGUUCCCCAGCGGGGUGCCUCGCUCGCCCAGCUUCCAGAAAGCCCAAAUGUCCCCGGUGGAGGCGUUCACCUUCCCUGACAGCGGCGACGGCCCGCAGCGCUACGGGACGCCGUUCCAGGAGCGGCGGCAACAGCUCCCCCAGCUGUUUGGAGGCGCACACUACAGGCACGCACAGGAGGUGUUCGCCAUGCAGGAGUCCAUGCUGCUGUGACACUGUGCUUUUCUUCUACGGACUCACUGGGCCACACCUUUCUUACUAAGCACUCAACAGGGAAUUACAAGGAAAAAAGAAAAAAGGCUGAAUAUUUUGUUUUAUUUUUGGAUGUAAAUCCUUAACAGAGACUAAAGAGUAUAAAGAUAUAUCUUUUAGAGUCAGUGUUGUUGUUAAUAGUAGCAGACGGGGAGAAACUGACUGUCCAUCUUUAUUUUUGUAUGUUCCUCCUAGAUAUUGACCGUAGGGCUCAGUGAACUCUACCAUUUUAUUUUCAUGUGAACAGACGCUAAAAGAGCAGUGACGAUUGUGAUUGACAUUUUGAGGCUUGGUUUUUUUCUUGGAAUUAUGGCUCAGUUUUGGUGAUGUUUUCAUCCCCGACUUACUGAAGUGCAAUGUUCUUGUUUUUUUUUUACACACUGUAAGUACUGUAUCAGGAGGCCAGUGUCAUUUCUGCUUGUUUUGUUGGUUCUUAGAGGCCAACAACACCCAUCGGAUUUGUGAGGGCUAACACUGUUUUUACUUUGAUCGUUGAUGACAUGUUUUAAAAUAUUUUAAGGUAUUUGUUAACAGUACUUACAUAGGCCGAGAUGCACCGGUUGCAGUUAGUUUGCUUUCAUUCAUUACGUCUCAACACUGUCAUGUUGAUUACAGUUCAGCUGCACGUGCACACACACACACACACACACACACACACACACACACACACACACACACUACAUAGCCACAAAUGUGUCGGUACACAUUUUAGCGUUAAAUCUAUCACAUCCCUUCUUAUGUCUAUGUUGCUGCAUUCUUACAGUGCUCUCAUACUGUACAUGAUAUUCUCUAAGUUGUCUUGUUUGAUGACUAACUGCAGAUCCUUUGGAUAUUUUGCUUUUUAAGCUGAGAUGGAGUGGAAAAUAAAUCUCUUUUUUGA